GGAUAUACCUUGUCACUACUAAGUUCAUCCCUGAAUAAUGAUUUGAUAGAUUAUUAUAAAUCCACAGGUAUGAAUUUAACCCUAUUGCAUCACCUUUUUUACCGUCCGCAUGCUCUUUGAUAUGUUUUGGUAGCUCAAAACCUUUUUCCCUAUUGCAGUAGAGCGCUACCACUUCACAACCUUGUUUUGGUUUCUUCAUCAAUGGGCUAGAACCUGCGAUAUGGUCGAUAUUUGCGGACGUGGAGUGCGUGAUGGGCUAGGUUUUCAUCAAUUUCAAUUUUAUUGGGGAAGAUCGAGCACAUAUUAACGUGCGUUAAUUUAAGGGUACUCAAGGAGAGGGAAACAGAGUGUUGAUUUUAUUCUGCAGGGAAGUGUACCACUGCACCUCUCGCUUGGUUCAUUUUUUAUGCGGACUUUUUGAGUUCUCUCAAUAGCCUCACAGCUAAUGAGAUCACCAUGCCAUUUGUAUCCUAUGGCUUACGCAGUUUUUUUGUGUUUGAAAGUACACCUUUCUUCUCCCUUAUCUACACACACACUUUGGAUCUGAUGGAGGGUGUUUUUAAUUUUAGCACAAGGUAAUUCGACCCUUCUCUAAUCUGAAAGGUGCGACUUAUUUUUGCCCUUGAAAUGGUUAUAGGAUUAGGUCCUCAUCUCCUUGAUUUCAACUAAAGAAACAACACCAAGACUUUGACUGCUGCGGUCACUUGAUAUGGCGUUGGACAGUUUCCUUCGGAGAUGAAAUGUUUGUUUACGAUUUAUAUAUUUUUAAAUCAGAAGCAACUCGGGAAUGUGAGAAUCUGGAAAGCGAGAUACACACAAAACACACAUUUAUCUAUUAGGUACGUCUCAGAAGUUCAUUAUUGUAAUAACUGCUUUUACAAGGGUAGUGGGACAGUUUUAUCAUUGUCUACACUUCAUAUUUAUCUUUUCCCGCAUAAUAAUAUUUCUCAAUCUUUUUUGAUUGACUAAAUUUUAUUCAGUGUUUGUCUAUAUUGGUAUCAGUCAA